UAUAUGUAUGCGAGUGUGUGUGUGGAUAUUAUGGGAUGCCUGCCCCCUGAUCUCUUUGUGUGCGCGCGCGAGCGCGGGGUGUGUGGUGUGCGAAGAAGAGAAAGAGGAGACGACGUCGUGCGCACACGCUACCACAAAAAAACACGGACAUAUAUUUAAAUUACCUGUGCACCGUUACCUUAAGAAAAGAACCUUCCAAGUAUUGACCUAUUGGCAAACUGAUCCUGGAGUUUCUGUUUUGGGGAUCAAGUUACUUGAUUGGCUGCCCCCUCCAAACUACACUGUUGGACCGACUCCAAUCUGGGUCCGAACUCUGGCUAAUCCACAAUCCAAUAACUUUAUUUAGUUAGCUAAACUGUUAGCUAACUAAAAGAAAGUUUUCUGCUAUCCAUUAUGUCUGGAAGUGAAGAUGACAGAGAUGAUUAUGGAGCCCGAGACGACCGCUUAAUGCAAGAUGAAGAGGAAGAGGAGAUCUCGGAGAAUGAGACUCCGAAGGUGAAGAAGAAGAAAAAAGCCAAGAAGAGCAAAGAGAGCAAAAGCAGCAAGAGGCGGUCUCGCAGAGAGGAGCUGGCCAUCAGCUCCCCAGAGCCCAUGGACAUAGGUGGGAUAGAAGAUGCAGAUGAUGGGCCAGGCCAGCGCUCUGAGAGUGAGGGCAGUGACUACACUCCAGGCCGCAAGAAGAAGAAACGAGGCGGCUCCAGUAAAGAGAAGAAGAGGAACAGUGCAGGGGUCGAGCGAAGCUCCAAAAGGAAAGAGCCGGAGCCGGAAGAAGAUGAAGAUGAGGACGAUGACGAUUGCUCUGAACCAAAAUCUUCGUCUCAGUUGUUGGAUGAUUGGGGGAUGGAGGACAUCGACCAUGUCUUCACCGAGGAGGAUUACAGAUCCCUGACCAACUACAAAGCUUUCAGCCAGUUCGUCAGACCACUUAUUGCAGCCAAAAACCCCAAGAUCGCAGUGUCAAAGAUGAUGAUGGUUCUGGGUGCAAAGUGGCGCGAGUUCAGCACCAACAACCCCCUCAGAGGUGCAGCUGCUGCCAACGCGGCGCUGGCUACCGCCAACGUACCCGCUGCUGUGGACACCAUGGUGGCAGAGGUCACUCCUGCUGCUGCGGCCCCUCCGGCCCCCGUAGAGCCUCAACCGGCAGCUGCACCUCCACUCCGAAAGGCCAAGACCAAGGAAGGCAAAGGUCCAAAUGCCCGCAAGAAAUCAAAGCCCGUGCCAAAGCCUCAGGAGAAGAAGAAUAAUACCAAAACCAAAAAAGUGGCUCCUCUAAAAAUCAAGCUGGGAGGCUUUAAUAGCAAGAGGAAACGCUCAUCGAGCGAGGAGGACGAGCCGGACGCCGACAGCGACUUCGAAAACGGUAGCAUCAACAGUGUGUCCGUCUCAGAGGGUUCAAACAGCCGCAGCAAGAAGAGGGCCUCCAAGAACAAACCCAAGAAGAAGAAAGAAGCAGAAGAUGGUGAUGGCUAUGAGACCGACCACCAGGACUACUGCGAGGUUUGCCAGCAGGGAGGGGAGAUCAUCCUGUGUGACACCUGCCCCAGAGCCUACCACAUGGUGUGCCUGGACCCCGACAUGGAGAAGGCACCCGAGGGCACCUGGAGUUGCCCUCACUGUGAGAAGGAGGGCAUCCAGUGGGAAGCCAGAGAGGACGUCUCAGAAGCAGAAGAGGACAACGGUGAGACAGGAGAGAUGGAAGAGGACGACCACCACAUGGAGUUCUGCAGGGUUUGUAAGGAUGGAGGAGAGCUGCUGUGCUGCGACUCCUGCCCCUCGUCGUACCACAUCCACUGUCUGAACCCCCCACUGCCCGAGAUUCCCAACGGAGAGUGGAUCUGCCCUCGCUGCACAUGUCCACCCAUGAAAGGAAAGGUACAGAAAAUCUUGACAUGGCGAUGGGGAGAGCCCCCGCCCCCCACUGUGGUACCCCGCCCUCCAGAACUGCUGCCCGAUGCCCCCGACCCCCCUCCUCUGAAGGGACGGGCAGAGCGGGAGUUCUUCGCCAAAUGGUGCAACAUGUCGUACUGGCAUUGCUCCUGGGUCUCUGAGCUGCAGCUGGAGAUGCACUGCCAGGUGAUGUUCAGGAACUACCAGAGGAAGAACGACAUGGACGAACCGCCGCCCAUCGACUUUGGCGAGGGAGAGGAGGAUAAAUAUGUCAAGAGGAAGAGCAAGGAUCCCACAUAUGUUCACCUGGAGGAGAAGUACUUCCGCUUUGGAAUAAAGAUGGAGUGGUUGAUGAUUCACCGCAUCCUGAACCACAGCGUGGACAGAAAAAACAACGUCCAUUAUUUGAUCAAGUGGAGGGAGCUUCCGUACGAUCAGGCCACCUGGGAGGCCGAGGACAUGGAUAUACCGGAGUUUGACGUCUACAAGCUGCAGUACUGGAACCACAGGGAGCUGAUGAUGGGAGACGACGGGAGACCCGGGAAGAAGAUCAAAGUAAAAGGAAGAGUGAAGCGGCCGGAGAGGCCUCCUGAGAACCCUGUGGUUGAUCCAACAAUCAAGUUCGACCGCCAACCGGAUUACCUGGACAGUACUGGUGGGACGCUGCACCCCUACCAGCUGGAGGGUCUGAACUGGCUGCGGUUCUCCUGGGCCCAAGGCACCGACACCAUUCUGGCUGAUGAAAUGGGUCUGGGAAAGACGGUCCAGACCGCAGUGUUCCUCUACUCGCUCUACAAAGAGGGUCAUUCUAAGGGCCCCUUCUUGGUCAGCGCCCCUCUGUCCACCAUCAUCAACUGGGAGAGGGAGUUCGAGAUGUGGGCGCCCGACAUGUACGUGGUGACCUACAUCGGAGACAAGGAUAGCCGAGCCGUCAUCAGGGAGAACGAGUUUUCCUUUGAGGACAACGCCAUCCGAGGAGGCAAGAGGGCGUCCAGGAUGAAGAAAGACUCGUCCAUCAAGUUCCACGUCCUGCUGACGUCCUACGAGCUGAUCACCAUCGACAUGGCCGCCCUGGGCUCCAUUGACUGGGCCUGCCUGGUGGUGGAUGAGGCUCACAGGCUAAAAAACAACCAGUCUAAGUUUUUCAGGGUGCUGAACAACUACUCUCUGCAGCACAAGCUGCUGCUGACCGGAACUCCUCUGCAGAACAACCUGGAGGAGCUGUUCCACCUGCUCAACUUCCUCACACCUGAGAGGUUCAACAACUUGGAGGUCUUCCUGGAAGAGUUUGCCGACAUCGCCAAGGAGGACCAGAUCAAGAAGCUGCAUGACAUGCUGGGUCCGCACAUGCUCAGGAGGCUGAAGGCUGACGUCUUCAAGCACAUGCCUUCUAAGACCGAGCUGAUCGUACGAGUGGAGCUCAGCCCCAUGCAGAAAAAAUAUUACAAAUAUAUCCUGACGAAAAACUUUGAGGCCCUUAACACCAAAGGAGGAGGCAACCAGGUUUCAUUGCUCAAUGUUGUCAUGGACCUCAAGAAAUGCUGCAACCACCCCUACCUCUUCCCUGCAGCUGCUAUGGAAGCUCCCAAACUGCCAAACGGGAUGUAUGAUGGAAGCGCUCUGACAAAGUCCUCUGGGAAACUGCUGCUGCUGCAGAAGAUGAUGAGGAAGCUGAAGGAGGGCGGGCACAGAGUGCUCGUUUUCUCUCAGAUGACUAAAAUGUUGGAUCUGCUGGAGGACUUCCUAGAGAACGAAGGCUACAAGUAUGAAAGGAUAGAUGGAGGAAUCACAGGAGGGAUGAGGCAGGAAGCUAUCGAUCGCUUCAAUGCUCCUGGAGCUCAGCAGUUUGCCUUCCUGCUGUCGACGAGGGCCGGAGGGUUGGGCAUCAACCUGGCCACAGCCGACACCGUCAUCAUCUACGACUCGGACUGGAAUCCUCACAAUGACAUCCAGGCCUUCAGCAGAGCUCAUCGAAUCGGGCAAAACAAGAAGGUGAUGAUCUACCGCUUUGUCACCAAGGCUUCAGUGGAGGAGAGGAUCACUCAGGUUGCCAAAAAGAAGAUGAUGCUGACUCACCUGGUGGUCCGACCUGGUCUUGGGUCUAAGACGGGCUCCAUGUCCAAGCAGGAGCUGGACGACAUCCUCAAGUUUGGAACAGAGGAGCUCUUUAAGGAUGAGGGAGAAGAAAACAAGAACAAAGAGGAGGACAGCAGCAUCAUCCACUACGACGAUAAAGCCAUCGACCGACUGCUGGACAGGAACCAGGACGCCACCGACGACACAGAGCUGCAGAGCAUGAACGAGUACCUGAGCUCCUUCAAAGUGGCUCAGUAUGUGGUCAAAGACGAGGAGGAGGAGGAGGAGGAGGUGCAGCGGGAGAUCAUCAAGCAGGAGGAGAGCGUGGAUCCAGACUACUGGGAGAAGCUGCUGCGGCAUCACUACGAGCAGCAGCAGGAGGAUCUGGCUCGAAACCUGGGCAAAGGCAAACGCAUCCGCAAGCAGGUCAACUACAACGACGGGUCACAAGAAGAUCGAGCUGAUUGGCAGGAUGACCAGUCGGACGGCCAAUCGGAUUACUCUGUGGCGUCAGAGGAAGGUGACGAGGACUUCGAUGAGCGAUCAGAAGCAAACUCCCGCAGGCCGAACAGGAAGGGCCUGAGGAACGACAAAGACAAGCCACUGCCCCCCCUGCUGGCCAGGGUGGGAGGCAACAUUGAGGUGUUGGGUUUCAACUCUCGGCAGAGGAAGGCCUUCCUGAACGCUGUGAUGCGUUAUGGGAUGCCCCCUCAAGACGCUUUUACCACCCAGUGGUUGGUCCGAGACCUACGAGGGAAAUCUGAGAAAGAAUUCAAGGCCUAUGUGUCUCUGUUUAUGCGCCACCUCUGUGAACCCGGAGCUGACGGAGCCGAAACCUUUGCAGACGGCGUUCCCAGAGAAGGCCUGUCGCGCCAACACGUCCUCACUCGCAUUGGAGUUAUGUCGCUUAUUCGCAAGAAGGUGCAGGAGUUCGAGCACGUCAACGGGCAGUGGUCCAUGCCCUGGAUGGCUGAGCUGGAGGAGAACAAGCGGGCCGCGGCUCAGCCCGACUCUCCUGGAAAAACUCCGUCCACCGGCACGCCCGCCGACACGCAGCCCAACACCCCCGCUCCAGCAGACGACUCCUCAAAGAACGAGGAGAUGAAGGACGGAGAGAAGGAUUUGAAGAAGGAGACGGAGACAGAGAAAAACGACAAAGAUCCUGUCAAAGGCAGCGACGAGGUCAUCGCCAUUCCAGACGACGAAGAGAAGAGUCCCGCUUCAGAGCAGGAGAAGAAGAACGGCGUGGAGGCCAUGGAGACGGACAAGCCGAGCAACGGCGAGGCCGAGAGCGCCAAAGAGAAGGAGGCCGAGAAAGAAGGAGAGGAGAAGAGUCCAGAGGGAGGAGAGGAAGCGAAGCCGGCUGCAGAGGCUAAAACAGAGGGGUCAGAGGUCAAACCCGGCGACGCGGAGAUGAAAGAAGAAACUAAGGAAGAAAAGACAGAAAAGAUGGACACCACUCCACCAGAUGUAAAGAAAGAUCUGAAGGACGACAAAGAGACUCCAAAGCCAGAGGAGGCCACCAAACUGCAGAACGGAGACGGCAGCAAAGAGGGCGCGGCGCCGGCCACCACCGCCGCCUCGGCCAGCAGCGUGAGCGAGGAGAAAAAGAAGGCCAAAACUCGCUUCAUGUUCAACAUCGCAGACGGAGGAUUCACAGAGCUGCACUCUUUGUGGCAGAACGAGGAGCGCGCCGCCACGGUUACAAAGAAAACCAACGAGAUCUGGCACCGUCGCCAUGACUACUGGCUGCUGGCUGGCAUCAUCCAACACGGAUACGCUCGCUGGCAGGACAUCCAGAACGACGUCAGGUUCGCCAUCCUCAACGAGCCUUUCAAAGGGGAAAUAAACCGAGGAAACUUCCUGGAAAUCAAGAACAAGUUCCUCGCCAGAAGAUUUAAGCUGUUGGAGCAGGCGCUCGUGAUCGAGGAGCAGCUGCGCCGAGCUGCCUACCUCAACAUGUCAGAGGACCCCUCUCACCCCUCCAUGGCCCUCAACACUCGCUUCAGUGAGGUGGAGUGUCUGGCCGAGUCCCACCAGCACCUGAGCAAGGAGUCCAUGUCUGGGAACAAACCGGCCAACGCCGUCCUGCACAAAGUGCUGAAGCAGCUGGAGGAGCUGCUGAGUGACAUGAAGGCAGACGUCACGCGCCUCCCAGCAACCAUCGCCCGGAUACCCCCGGUUGCUGUGCGACUCCAGAUGUCCGAGAGGAAUAUCCUGAGUCGUCUGGCAAGCAGAGCCCCCGAGGCACCGGCACAGACGCAGCAGAUGUCACAGCAGUAGACUGAAAAACGUCUCUAACCUGGAGCCCCUUCCUCAUGUCAACAUUCCUGAUUGGCGCACGGCCGAAGGACAGACUGGGCGCCCAAGCUUGAAGCCACACCCACUUCGCUCCCUUCAUUCUUAAUGAACUUUACAGAGUUUUUUUGUGGAGGAUCAAAUCUUCUGACUCUCCAAGAAUGAGGCCGUGGACAAAAAGCUAUUUUAUUUUUUUCCUUUUUUUUUUUUUUUCUUUUUCAAGUUCUGUAUUAAUAUUAUUGAUAUAAUGUUAUUAUCAUGGUUUUUUGGGACCUAAAUAAAAAACAAAAAAAAGUA